AUGUCAAAACCGUUCCAGCCGAUUAGUGACGUGAUUAACACGUCACCCAAGAACAAGUCCCAGUCGUUUAAUGAGAUAUAUGGCGAACCAGAGAAUUUUCUUGAAAUAGAGGUGAAAAACCCAUUAACUCAUGGGUACGGCCUGAAUUUAUUCACUGAUUACGAGAUCAUUUGUCGAACCAACAUCCCUGCAUUCAAGAAAAGAGAGAGUCGGAUUCGAAGAAGGUAUAGCGACUUUGUUGCCUUUCGAAAGAUCUUGGAGCAAGAAACCACCAGAGUAAUAAUCCCACCAUUACCAGGGAAGAUAUUUUUGAAUCUGAAUAAAUUCAAUGAUUUGAAUAUUGAAAAAAGAAGACAAGGCUUAGAAAAAUUUUUGAUUGUUGUGAGUGGCCAUCCAUUGCUCCAAACAGGAUCAAAAUCGUUGAUUGAUUUUAUCCAAAAUGAAAAAUGGGAUCCAAAACAAAUAGUUUAUUAA